AUGGGUUCCAUUGAAGAAGAUAUACCUCUCAUCGAACAAGGUUUAAUCUCACAGGAAGUGAAAUUGUAUGCUGAAGAUGGUUCAGUGGACAUUCAUGGAAACCCACCAUUGAAGGAGAAGACAGGAAACUGGAAAGCUUGUCCAUUCAUUCUCGGUAAUGAAUGCUGCGAGAGGCUAGCUUACUAUGGUAUUGCAGGGAAUCUAAUCACUUACCUUACUACUAAACUACACCAAGGAAACGUUGCCGCUGCUACAAACGUCACCACAUGGCAAGGGACUUGUUAUCUCACUCCUCUCAUUGGAGCUGUCUUAGCCGAUGCUUACUGGGGAAGAUACUGGACCAUCGCUGUUUUCUCCGGGAUUUAUUUCAUCGGGAUGUCGGCGCUAACUCUUUCUGCUUCAGUUCCGGCAUUGAAGCCAGCGGAAUGCAUUGACGGUUUUUGUCCAUCAGCAACGCCAGCUCAGUACGCGAUGUUCUUUGGCGGGCUGUAUCUGAUCGCCCUCGGAACUGGAGGAAUCAAACCCUGCGUCUCAUCCUUUGGUGCAGAUCAGUUUGAUGACACUGACUCGCGCGAACGAGUUAGAAAAGCUUCCUUCUUCAACUGGUUUUACUUCUCCAUCAAUAUUGGAGCACUUGUGUCAUCUAGUCUUCUUGUUUGGAUUCAAGAGAAUCGCGGGUGGGGUUUAGGGUUUGGGAUACCAACCGUGUUCAUGGGACUCGCCAUUGUAAGUUUCUUCUUUGGCACACCGCUUUAUAGGUUUCAGAAACCUGGAGGCAGCCCGAUAACUCGGAUUUCCCAAGUCGUGGUGGCCUCAUUCCGGAAAUCGACUGUCAAAGUUCCUGAAGAUGCCACGCUUCUGUAUGAAACACAAGACAAGAACUCAGCUAUAGCUGGAAGUCGAAAAAUCGAGCAUACUGAUGAUUGCCAGUAUCUCGAUAAAGCCGCUGUUAUCUCAGAAGAAGAAUCGAAAUCCGGAGAUUUUUCCAACUCGUGGAGACUAUGCACGGUAACGCAAGUCGAAGAACUCAAGAUUCUGAUCCGAAUGUUCCCAAUCUGGGCUUCCGGUAUCGUUUUCUCAGCUGUCUAUGCACAAAUGUCCACAAUGUUUGUUCAACAGGGCCGAGCCAUGGACUGCAAAAUCGGAUCUUUCCAGCUACCUCCAGCAGCACUAGGGACUUUCGACACUGCUAGUGUCAUCGUCUGGGUCCCUCUCUAUGAUCGGUUCAUUGUCCCCUUAGCAAGACGGUUCACAGGAGUAGACAAAGGAUUCACCGAGGUACAACGAAUGGGAAUCGGUCUCUUUGUCUCUGUUCUCUGUAUGGCAGCUGCAGCCGUCGUUGAAAUCAUCCGUCUCCAUGUAGCCCAAGAGCUCGGAUUAGUCGAGAGUGGAGCCCCGGUUCCCAUAUCCGUCUUAUGGCAGAUUCCGCAGUAUUUCAUUCUCGGUGCAGCAGAAGUGUUUUACUUCAUCGGGCAGCUCGAGUUCUUCUACGAUCAAUCUCCAGAUGCAAUGAGAAGCUUGUGCAGUGCCUUGGCUCUUUUGACGAAUGCUCUUGGGAAUUACUUGAGCUCGUUGAUCCUAACGCUCGUGACUUAUUUCACGACAAGGAACGGGGCACAAGGUUGGAUAUCGGAUAAUCUGAAUUCGGGUCAUCUCGAUUACUUCUUCUGGCUUUUGGCUGGUCUUAGCCUUGUGAACAUGGCAGUUUACUUCUUCUCUGCUGCUAAGUAUAAACAGAAGAAAGCUUCGUAG